UUUUGAGUGUAAUACCAGGAGCUCUUGAGACCGGUUGAGUCAGUGUCUUUCUCCGGUGUGGACGGUUGCUGACUUCCCUGUGGGUUCGCUGUGAGACCGUGAAAAGGGGUUCGGAAAUCCUUGAAAGGCAAAAUGCUGAAGUUAUUUUUCUUUGCCGCGUUGCUCGGCAGUGCGCUGGCGGAAAGCAUCUCGAUGCAAGAUGAGAUCUACAUAGUCGCGGGCGUUCUUGGCGGCGUGUGCCUCUUGCUUACGGUCGCCUGCAUUUUCAACACCAUUACCAUCAUCGGCCUACAAUCGAAAGUGGCGUUACUACAAGCUGCUGGCACGGCCGCUGCAAAGGCAGUCACAGAAACUCACCCACCACGUAGUGAAGCACCCAGAAGAGAGACACCCCGUGACAACCCUUAUUACCCUGAGCCGAAGGGGAGGGACGACUUCAACCGCCGCCAAGAUGACCCUUAUCGUCGACCUCCUUCUCGCGAAAACUACAGGAUGGAAAGGAUGGACAGGGGAGAGAGAUAUAUGGACAGAAACAACUACCAUGAUGUAUACUAUAGCAAUGGAAAAAACAGCAGACCUGCAGCACCUCCUCGGCCACACCAUUCUAAUGACCACCGAGCUGCAGGAUACUACUGAGCUUGUUUAUCCUAGGUAAUAGUUCAUGAAUGGCUAAUAAAGUUCUCUGCAAGUGACCAUAAUAGAGAAAUAGUAACUCAUACAAAAUGUUCCUUAUGGAGCAGCAAAUAAAUGCAAAUACUACAUGCUUAUAAUAAGUAAAAUUAUUGAUGAUUUUAUUCUAUUCUUUGUUUUUGUAGACUGAUUAAAUUUUUGGGAAAUUUUAAAAUUAGAAACAUUCUCUAUAAGAACUGUUUGAUUCGUUUCAAGAGACGUGAAAAUUCAACAAUCAUCAUUUCAUUGCUUCUGACUGAAGGAACAUUCAGGGAAAUUUCAGAUAUUUAAUCUCUUUAUUGUAUUACAAUGAAGAGAUGAGUAGUAACAAAAAGAACAAAGACAAUGAUAUAUAGAAAUAUUAUGGAAACCUCUUUCCCAUUUAAGUCUAACUUGUCUGUUUAAAAAUUAUAAUUUCAUCAACUAAAAUAUACACUGUAAUAAAACAAAAAGCUUUGUUAUGUUACCUCAAAUGAAAUUUUGAGUGUCUUAUUUUAUAUAAAUCUUUUUAUAUUAGGAUAAUAUUACAAAUGCUAAAGUUUUUUGGAAGUAAUUCUUAUUUAGGCUUACAUAGUUUGUUCUUAGGGUAAUUGUCCAAAUGCAACAGAUGUAAUACUAGAUUUUUGUUUUGUUAAAUAAGUCGCUUCACUUAAAAUACCUUUCAAGUUGCAAUGUGAUUCAUGUGAACUGCAGCUUAAAUGAAAUGGAUGAACAUUGAUAUAAUUAUAUUAUAGAUGUAACAAAAAAUGUACAUAUAUAUAGUGUAUUUGUUUAUCAUUAUUGGACUUAAUACAAUAUUUAUUGUUGAAAGUAAAUCAGCUGAUUAGCUGGUAUUUGGAAUCAGCUGAUAAGCUGGUAUUUGGAACGCAGACAAAAAAAUCAAAUAAUUAAUUCCUAAACAUAUUAUCUGGAUAUUAGUGCUUUAAUUAAUAAAUUUCUUCACAUGA